AUGAUAUUGACUAAGUUAGUAUACUUAAUAGGUAUCGCUCAAACUUUUUAUUUCUUCUUGCUUUUGCUUGUUCCUUUCAACGUUACAAUUAGAAAAAUAGUACUUUCUAUUUUAUUCCACAAUAAGUUUAGCGAUACAUUCAAAAAGAUUUCAUUCGGCUUCUUAGUAUCUGUCUUUGUUAUCUGCCUACACUCAAUGACUUAAAUCAAUGAAUUCUAAAACUUUUUGAUUCAAGAAUAGAAUAGCGACCAUUAGGAUAUCCACAAUAUUGAAUAAUAAACAAGAGUUAAUUUCAAUAAAAAUGUUAAGUACUUCUAUCUUACCUUCUAUGUCCUUACAGUCAAUCUUUGCAUAUAUGGAUAUACAUUCUAUCUUAAGAAGCUUGAUGAACUUGAAGAUAAAAUUAAAACUAUUAAGGAAGUAAAGAAAAUAUAAUGA